AUGCCGAUAUUAGACGAAAACCUUAAUACGAUCAGGAGUCUCUUCGAGAUUAACUUCCUAGGUCCAAUUGCUUUGACUCAGGAGUUUGCCCCGUUUCUUAUCAGAGCUCAAGGCAUGAUCGGGUACAUUACCUCGACUUCAGGAUAUCUGAAUAUCCCGUACAUGGGUAUGUCGCUAACUCUCAAGCCUAGGGACAUAUUCAGCAUGAAAAAGGUCGAUGGAGAUUGUGGGAGAAACUUUGCGCUUGGAAUUGGCCCCAUUCGGCUCAGCCUACCUAAGCCCCCUUCACGAGAGAUCAUAGACACGGUACAUGCCAGAUACGAUCUAGACAUGCUGACUGGCCGCAGACUAUACAAAGGCAUCGAGGAAACAAUUGCUAGCAGGGCACAAGGGAAUGACGGCCUGCCCCGAAUGGACACAAUGGAGCAUGCUAACGCCGUUGCCGAUGAUAUCGAAGCGCGAAAAACGGGUCGGGUCUGGCAUAGUGGGUUUGCCGAGGGAGUUAAAAUGAGUACAACCGCAAAAGACGUACCACAGUCCGCUAUGGACGCGGGAGCUGUAGUGGGAACUGAUCUUAAUAAGAUCGGCAAGCAGUAG